CGGCCUGACGGCGGCAGGAUGCGCUCCGAGGGCGCGGCCCCCGGGCCGACAGCGCCGCUGUGCGGGGCUCUGAGCCUGGUGCUGGGCGCGCUGCUGGGCAGAGUGGUAGAGGCCCGUGGGGUCUCAGAAGGCGCGCCGAGAUUCUCCUCCUCGCUUCCGCCCUACCUGCCCGUGAGCUUCAACAUCCGGGGCGCAGAGAGCGCCUUCUUCCUGCAGGAAACGCAGCCCCGGGACACGCUGCGCAACGCCAGCCUGAGCGCCAGGGUCGCGUCCUUCUUCGCCUACAAGGCCAAGCAACCCCCGGUGCUGAACGCCAGCUAUGGGCCUUUCUGGGCGGAAAAGGUGGUGCCCCUGGAGCUGAUGCGGACCUCCAGCGCCUUUGGCCCGAGCAGCAGGUUUACGCUCGACUGGAAGCUGAAGGCCUCCAUUCUGCGGGACAAGAUCUACCCGAGCCGCCCCAAGGUGCAGGUCCUCUUCCACCUGUUGGGCCGGGACUGGGACAAGCCGCGGCCGGCGGAGAGGCUGCCCUGCCUGCGCGUCUCCGCGGUCCGGGAGGCCCGGGAGGUGCGGGGCAGCUGCCGGCUGGGCGGGGACCUGGGGCUGUGCGUGGCGGAGCUGGAGGUCCCGGCCAGCUGGUUCGGCCCUGAGGCCAUGGUGGCCGGGAGGAGGAAGCCGGCGGAGCAGCCCGAGGGGAGCCCUGUGGAGCUGUACUACUCAGUGCAGCCGGCGGACGCGCGUGGGGACUGCGCCGCCGCGGGCGACCCCCGGACCGGCAAUGCCAUCCGCCCCGGGAAGGAGGGCGCUGAGGGACCCGCGUCGCGCCCUCAGAGCGUCGGCCUGGUGCGCCUGUUCCGCGCGCAGGACGCCCAACAGCUCCGUGAGCUGCGCCUGGACCGCGACGUGGCCGUCUGGCUGCCUGCGCGGCCGGCCAAGCAGGGCGACGUGGUCACCGCCUACGUCACCGUCCUCGGCAACUCCACCGUAGAUGUCUUCGUGCUGAGAGCCAAGGUGAAAAAGGGGGUGAACAUCCUGAGUGCACGGACCAGCGAGCCGCGGCAGUGGGACGUGAAGCAGGAGGUGGGGAAUGGCGGGAAGCAUGCCACAACCACGGUGGCCUGCCAGCGCCUGGGCCUGGGCGCACACAACAGAAGCGGCAGCUUGUUCAGCGAGGUGGUGCAGAUGAACUUCGAGAUCGCCAGCUUCAGCAGCCUGUCGGGGACCCAGCCCAUCACGUGGCAGGUGGAGUACCCAAGGAAGGGGACCUCCAGCGUCGCCGUGUCCGAGAUCUUCAUCAGCCAGAAGGACCUGGUGGGCAUCGUGCCCCUCGCUAUGGACACGGAGAUCCUGAACACAGCCAUCCUCACGGGCAGGACGGUGGCCAUGCCUGUCCGGGUGGUGUCGGUGGAGGAGCACGGGGCGGUGACAGACAUCUCGGAGCAGGUGGAGUGUGCAUCCGUGGACGAGGAUGUCAUCAAGGUCUCCGACCACUGCGACUACGUCUUCGUCAACGGCAAGGAGGUGAAGGGCAACACGGACGCGGCGGUGAACUUCACCUACCAGCACCUGAGCGCCCCGCUGCGGGUCACCGUGUGGGUGCCCCGGCUGCCCCUGCACAUCGACAUCUCCGACACGGAGCUCAGCCAGAUCAAGGGCUGGCGGGUCCCCAUCCUGGCCAGCAAGCGAGCCCCGCCUGCCCCCAGGCCCACGCGCGACAGCGAGGACGAGGACGAGGACGAGCAGGAGCACGAGCGGCGGGGCCGCGGCUGCGCGCUCCAGUUCCAGCGCGCUGCCGUGCGCGUGCUGGCGCAGUUCGUGUCCGAGGCGGGGCCCUGGGCGCAGCCCCGACACCUGCUGGGGCCCGGCUGGCGGUUCGACGUCAGCGCGCUGGUGGCCGACUUCGUGAAGCUGGAGGUGCCGCGCGUGGCCUCGCUGCAGGAGCGCGGCGUCCUGGCCGGCCGGGAGGUCGGGAUGACGACUGUGCAGGUGCUCUCCCCGCUGUCGGACUCCAUCCUGGCGGAGAAGACGGUCACCGUGCUGGACGACAAGGUGUCCAUCACCGAGCUGGCCAUCCAGCUGGUGGCCGGGCUGUCGGUCUCCCUCCACCCCUACGCGGAGCACGGCCGGGCCAUCGCCACCGUGGCCACCGCUGAGGAGCUCCUGCGCACCCCCAAACAGGAAGCCGUGGUCAGCACCUGGCUGCAGUUCAGCGAUGGCUCGGUGACGCCCCUGGACGUCUACGACAGCAAGGACUUCUCCCUCACCGCCACCUCCCUGGACGAGGCCGUCAUUUCCAUCCCCCAGCCGCGCUCUCCUCUGUGGCCCAUCGUGGUGGCCGAGGGGGAAGGCCAGGGCCCGCUGGUCCGCGUGGACAUGAGCAUCGCCGAGUCCUGCCAGAAAUCCAAACGCAAAAGUGUGCUGGCCGUGGGCUUUGGCCACGUCAGGGUCAAGUUCGGGCAGAGCGAUGCAGAUGCCAGCCCGACGUGGGGCACUGAGGAGGAGGAGGAGGAGGAGAAGGAGGAGGAGGAGGAGGAGGAGGAGGAGAUCGAGAACCACGCCAGCGACCGCAGGCAGAGGGGCCAGGAGGGGCGACUGCUGAGCGGCUCUGCCGGGGCGCUCGAGGAAGGGGCGCUGCGGAGGGCCACUCCCACGGCCAAGGCGCAGCCGGACCCCAGCGUGGGGAAGAGCAGCCGGCUGGAUGGGGCCCAGCUGUCAGGGGAGGAGCCGCUGCAGAACAUCCCUCUGGACUUCACCAACUUCCCCGGGCACCUGGACCUCCCGCGGGCUGGGGCUGGGCUACAGGGCGGCGGCCUGGUGCCCACGGCUCGAGGCCUGAGCGACCUGGAGAUCGGGAUGUACGCGCUGCUGGGCGUCUUCUGCCUGGCCAUCCUCGUCUUCCUCAUCAACUGCGCCACCUUCGCCCUGAAGUUCAGGCGGAAGCAGGUGCCGCUGGAGGGCCAGGCCUCUGGGCCACACUCGCACGACUGGGUGUGGCUGGGCAACGAGGCCGAGCUCCUGGAGGGCGUGGGGGGCCCCACGCCACCCCCUGAUGAGCACACGACCGUCCUAGACCACGGCCCGGGGGGCGGCAAGGAGAGCGACCAGCUGCUUGUCGGCGGGGGCAGCACCCAGCAGCAGGUGCUGGGCCAGGUGCACUGGGCAGUGGACACCGGGGCUGGGCAGGAGCCAAGCUCUCCAGCCUCCCGCAGGAAGAGGGUGCAGUUUGCCGCCUUCCCCGCCGGCCCGGCCACCUCCAUCCUGGGGGCGCACUAAGUGGGAGUGUCCCCAAAGAGCUCAAACUCUCUGGAAAGGUUCCCGGGCGGUGUGGACCUCAGCUGGGCCCAGGGCAGGGUCUGGGCCGGGGUCCACAGGUGUGGGAGCCGGGGCGGGACGCUCUGCAGGAGGGACGCUUCCCAAAGCUGUCCUCUGAGUGCCGGGAGGCGGGGUGGGGACAGAGACGCUGGACCGCAGCAGAAUUCGGAAGCUUAUUUUAGGAAUCAACACAUCAUGCAGCUACCAAAAAUUAUUUGUUAGAAAACACAGAAAAAGACAAAUAAAAAGAGACAAAGAAUGAUCUGUUUAUAUUUCUAAUAAAGGAGCAAAGUGCAAAAGGA